GUGUGUUAAUUUCUUCCGAUAAUCUGGAACGAGUGGUGAUGCUUGCUCACGUCUCCUUCAGCCCUCAAAAGAUCUUCUAAAGCAUAAAUACACACAGAUGUAUAUAUAGGUUUUCGACGAUGUCGUAUAGGCUUUCCGCUUUCCUUCAUCCAUUGCAAAUUCUACUCUGAAUUAAUCGAAAUUGGAGAUGACGACCGCGAUGCAAUCUCUGUCGGCGACGUCCUCUUACUCCGUCGGCUUUGGCUUCCCCCCUAAUUUCACUACUCCUCAAACGCGCCUCCAUCGUCGUGCUGUCGUAAUCGCGAAAGCUGAUGAGCCAUCAGAUAAGUCUGUUGAGAUUAUGCGUAAAUUCUCAGAGCAGUAUGCUCGUAAAUCUGACACGUUUUUUUGCGUUGACAAAGGUGUUACUUCUGUAGUUAUCAAGGGGUUGGCAGAUCAUAGAGAUACAUUGGGUGCACCACUUUGUCCUUGUAGGCACUAUGAUGACAAAGCUGCAGAAGCAAGUCAAGGCUUUUGGAAUUGCCCUUGUGUACCCAUGAGAGAAAGGAAGGAGUGCCAUUGCAUGCUUUUUCUCACGCCUGAUAACGAUUUUGCUGGCGACGAACAGGCUAUUUCCUUGGAAGAAAUCAAAGAAUUGACAGCAAACAUGUAGUUGCCCAAUUUUUUUUUCCAAACAAAACAAGCAAUCGUUCAUGUAUAUUUAUAUGUUAAAUGUUAAAUGAUUAUAUAUCAUAUUAUAUCAUCAAUCUUCAGUCUAGUUGUGUAUUUGAUCUCUUUUCUUUAGCUUAUCUUCCAGGAAAACAAUAAACAAAAACACAAACGAAAACGUUUUAAAGAUAAAAACUAUAACAAUACAAUAUUAUUAUCAACAAAUUCAAUAAGCUUUAACAGAUGUAGAAGGUGUAGAAGCCGAUGAAGAAGAACCACCAGUUUUCUUCGUACAAUCUUUCCCCAUUCUCGAAGCCAAAGCAACCAAAAACGGCCGUGCACCACCACCACCGCCGGCAGCAGCAGCCGCCGCCGGCGAGUUGUGACUUUUGCAGGCGUGAUCGGAUUGGAACCGGUGCUUCAAACAGAAUUUUACGUCGCAAGACCUGCAAGUACUCGUGUUUGAAAAGGUAAGAAUCUCUUUACACCGCCUAACACCACACGUGGGUUUCUUCUUCUUCUUCGCAUCACAAUCUCCAGAUUUCCGAUGCUUUUCCAAAAUCAAAACGUUCUCAUCUUCUCCUCCUUUUCUGCUUAACGGAAUCUCCAUCGACAUCGAACAUGUUUCGCAUACCAAUACUUUUCUACUGUUGUAAUCCGAGUUUGAACAUUCGUGUGACUUGUACGAUCGAUGUUCAACGCAAAAAACCUGCAACAGAAAAUCGAAAUUGAUAGAUUACAAUCGAGAUUCCAUGAACAGAAAAAAGAGAAUCGAUUGAAGAUUUCAUGAACUUACCUUUUCACAGCCAUCGCAUUUGAAUGGGAGAAAAUCGAGCUGAUUGCAAUCGGGAAGCUGACAGUGCUUGCCUAAAUCGGGAAAAGCUUCUGUUCCUGCCAUGGUAUUAUGGUAUUCUCUUGAUCUCAAGAACAAUUUAAUGGUUGAAGAAAGUGAAAUAGAUAAAUUGUGAUUUUGUUUGUGCAUUGGGGAUUUUUGGGGGGAGUAUAUAUAGCUUUGGUUUUGACUUGGGGCGUAAGCCAUGAAAGCGUAUACACG